AUGGUCCUCGCCUUCUUCUGUCCGAACGAUAUCCAUGCGCUUCCUCAAACAUACCGAGGAAAUGACAGCAUCGAGCGGUGCACCCAGAAUCAGGUAGAGGCCUUCCGAUUCAAGGAGAUCAGGAUCAGCGGGCAGCCCACCACCACGCUCAUGCGCUUUCAUCUGACGUGUUCUGUCCUUGACGGCAUGCGCUCUAUAGCGCAUCCCUUCACCUCAGAAAAGCUGUGGCACCUUCCCAAACGAGCAAAUCGCAUGUCAAGACAGUGGUCCUCUGCUAUCUCCCAUACCCCGAAAGUAUCGUUAACCGGGGAUCCGAGUCCAGACACCAUAUCGCCUCCGUAUCAUAUGCAGCCACAGAACCUUGAUCCACCACCUCUUCCUCUGGCGACCCUGCAGACUCCCACACGCCGACCGGGCCAUCAGCUGCACCUAAACCCACCUCGAAUGCCUCUCAUCGACAUCAUCUUCCCGAAACCCAUCACGGCACGCUCGAACAAGCAUAUCGCCCUCCGACCGCAGCGACACACUCUCAAACGCAAUCGUCCAUCUCGACGCUCCAAUCAAGCACGCACGAACCCUAUCUCUCCGAGUCCCGUCGUCUUCGCGAGUUUUCCUUUCCCCUCGCCCGUCCACUCGCUAUCUCGGCCCUCGCCUCGCGCAUCGAGCACCCAGGCCGCGCCCACACGCGGACCCCGCACGAAGCCAAAGCCCGGAGGAUUCGACGCCGCGGGUGCCCGUGCCUCCCGUGCCUCCCUGAUCCCCGAUCGCGAGCCGCAGGCCCGCCAGCGUGCCUGCGCGCGUGCAAUGACGCGCGCGCGCGAUCGGCGCGGCGACAGCGGCCACCGUCUGUCGUCUGCACGUCGAGGUGCGCUUGGGUAUGUGACGAGAGGAGACGGGCGCGCGGGGGUUCCUCGAGCGACGCUCCGCGGGACGCAACCCCCCUGCCCAGGGCCCGCUGAGAUCACCGUUGCCCGCAUCCCACGAACGGACGGGGUCCCUCGCGCGCGAUUCGCAGGCUCGAGCUUCGACGCUUCAACGCUCCGAGCUUCAACCCUCAAACGCAGAGCUUGUCAUUUGCGAUCUGCCUCAAGGCUCAUACGCAGCCGCCAGAAGACACCCGGGCGCGGACCCAGACCCAGAACCCAGAACCCAGAACCCAGAAACCCAGAACCACAGAGCCCCCGCACGCCUUCCAGCAGCCAGCCAGCCAGCCAGCCAGCGCCAUCUGUACAGACGCCCCCCGCGAGCCUCCUCCGGAGUUCACGCGCGUGCGCCGACGCUACGAUUGGCCCCGCCGAGUCUAUCGAGCGCGCGCUCCACAGCCCGUCCCAGCUCGUCCCAGCCCGUAUCGCACCCCCUCCAAGCUCGCGCUCGGCUUCCGACGGGUCCGAUCCAAAGCCCAGCCUGGCCCCGCGAGAAACUGCGUCGCGUCGC